AAUAAUCAUAAUAAUAAUAAUCAUAAUAAUAAUAAUCAUAAUAAUAAUAAUCAUAAUAAUAAUAAUCAUAAUAAUAAUAAUCAUAAUAAUAAUAAUCAUAAUAAUAAUAAUCAUAAUAAUAAUAAUCAUAAUAAUAAUAAUCAUAAUAAUAAUAAUCAUAAUAAUAAUAAUCAUAAUAAUAAUAAUCAUAAUAAUAAUAAUCAUAAUAAUAAUAAUCAUAAUAAUAAUAAUCAUAAUAAUAAUAAUCAUAAUAAUAAUAAUCAUAAUAAUAAUAAUCAUAAUAAUAAUAAUCAUAAUAAUAAUAAUCAUAAUAAUAAUAAUCAUAAUAAUAAUAAUCAUAAUAAUAAUAAUCAUAAUAAUAAUAAUCAUAAUAAUAAUAAUCAUAAUAAUAAUAAUCAUAAUAAUAAUAAUCAUAAUAAUAAUAAUCAUAAUAAUAAUAAUCAUAAUAAUAAUAAUCAUAAUAAUAAUAAUCAUAAUAAUAAUAAUCAUAAUAAUAAUAAUCAUAAUAAUAAUAAUCAUAAUAAUAAUAAUCAUAAUAAUAAUAAUCAUAAUAAUAAUAAUCAUAAUAAUAAUAAUCAUAAUAAUAAUAAUCAUAAUAAUAAUAAUCAUAAUAAUAAUAAUCAUAAUAAUAAUAAUCAUAAUAAUAAUAAUCAUAAUAAUAAUAAUCAUAAUAAUAAUAAUCAUAAUAAUAAUAAUCAUAAUAAUAAUAAUCAUAAUAAUAAUAAUCAUAAUAAUAAUAAUCAUAAUAAUAAUAAUCAUAAUAAUAAUAAUCAUAAUAAUAAUAAUCAUAAUAAUAAUAAUCAUAAUAAUAAUAAUCAUAAUAAUAAUAAUCAUAAUAAUAAUAAUCAUAAUAAUAAUAAUCAUAAUAAUAAUAAUCAUAAUAAUAAUAAUCAUAAUAAUAAUAAUCAUAAUAAUAAUAAUCAUAAUAAUAAUAAUCAUAAUAAUAAUAAUCAUAAUAAUAAUAAUCAUAAUAAUAAUAAUCAUAAUAAUAAUAAUCAUAAUAAUAAUAAUCAUAAUAAUAAUAAUCAUAAUAAUAAUAAUCAUAAUAAUAAUAAUCAUAAUAAUAAUAAUCAUAAUAAUAAUAAUCAUAAUAAUAAUAAUCAUAAUAAUAAUAAUCAUAAUAAUAAUAAUCAUAAUAAUAAUAAUCAUAAUAAUAAUAAUCAUAAUAAUAAUAAUCAUAAUAAUAAUAAUCAUAAUAAUAAUAAUCAUAAUAAUAAUAAUCAUAAUAAUAAUAAUCAUAAUAAUAAUAAUCAUAAUAAUAAUAAUCAUAAUAAUAAUAAUCAUAAUAAUAAUAAUCAUAAUAAUAAUAAUCAUAAUAAUAAUAAUCAUAAUAAUAAUAAUCAUAAUAAUAAUAAUCAUAAUAAUAAUAAUCAUAAUAAUAAUAAUCAUAAUAAUAAUAAUCAUAAUAAUAAUAAUCAUAAUAAUAAUAAUCAUAAUAAUAAUAAUCAUAAUAAUAAUAAUCAUAAUAAUAAUAAUCAUAAUAAUAAUAAUCAUAAUAAUAAUAAUCAUAAUAAUAAUAAUCAUAAUAAUAAUAAUCAUAAUAAUAAUAAUCAUAAUAAUAAUAAUCAUAAUAAUAAUAAUCAUAAUAAUAAUAAUCAUAAUAAUAAUAAUCAUAAUAAUAAUAAUCAUAAUAAUAAUAAUCAUAAUAAUAAUAAUCAUAAUAAUAAUAAUCAUAAUAAUAAUAAUCAUAAUAAUAAUAAUCAUAAUAAUAAUAAUCAUAAUAAUAAUAAUCAUAAUAAUAAUAAUCAUAAUAAUAAUAAUCAUAAUAAUAAUAAUCAUAAUAAUAAUAAUCAUAAUAAUAAUAAUCAUAAUAAUAAUAAUCAUAAUAAUAAUAAUCAUAAUAAUAAUAAUCAUAAUAAUAAUAAUCAUAAUAAUAAUAAUCAUAAUAAUAAUAAUCAUAAUAAUAAUAAUCAUAAUAAUAAUAAUCAUAAUAAUAAUAAUCAUAAUAAUAAUAAUCAUAAUAAUAAUAAUCAUAAUAAUAAUAAUCAUAAUAAUAAUAAUCAUAAUAAUAAUAAUCAUAAUAAUAAUAAUCAUAAUAAUAAUAAUCAUAAUAAUAAUAAUCAUAAUAAUAAUAAUCAUAAUAAUAAUAAUCAUAAUAAUAAUAAUCAUAAUAAUAAUAAUCAUAAUAAUAAUAAUCAUAAUAAUAAUAAU